AUGAACCAAGUGGCGACUGUAGCGAUCGGUGCGGCCCAACUCGCCUCGAAUUUAGGCGGCGUGCCGGCGCUCGGGGUGGCAGCGAGCGCCGCGGCGGGCAUUCAGGCUGCUUGCCAGAAGGUGGUCGUACACAAGAAACGAUGCGAGACAUUGUCCAAUAAGACUGCUCAGCUACUGUAUACCAUUGAGGCUCAGGCAAGUACCAUAGACGCCGAACAAAUGCGCGGCGCCGUGGACCAGGUGGCAGGCGUAUUGCAACGAGUGAAUGGACGAGUAACGAAGUGGGCUCAAUGCAGCCGCGUCCAGGCCUUCCUUAGAGACGGCAAGAUUGGGGAUGGCCUCAAGCAAUGCGAGUCGGAGAUUGAUACCGCCUUACAACAGUUCACGAUUACAGCGCACGUCCAUAUGGCAAAUGCGCAAUCAUUCCUCGUCAAACUGUUGGAGAAGAAUCAAGACGAGUGGCGGAGCUUUAGCAUAAAUCAGGUUGCAGAGACACGCAGCCUGGUCCUCCAGAUUUUGCAGAGCCCGCAAGACCUUCAGGUCGCCGCUGAGAUGCAUCGUGUGGGAAAGCCCGCUGCAGAGAGACUCAUGGAGGUCGGACAGCAGCGCCUGGCGGACCCCACCGCCAACUCGUCAAGUAAAGACCGCGAGAUGUGGAAGAAUGGCCUCUCUGAGCUUCAGCGUCUUACUGGCAUUCCGCCAACCUUGAAGAUACUAGACGGCGAAGUUGUGAAAACGUCCGAAUUGCCCGCUGGGAGGGGAGGGCACAGCCUAGUCUGGCCAGGGCUGUGGUUUGGAAAGAAGGUUGCCCUCAAGGUUCUUCAUGGCAUUGAACCAUCAGACAGGGCUAAAGCGAGGUUCGUCAACGAGAUACGGAUAUGGGCUGGACUUCGAAACCGACACAUCCAGCCGCUGUAUGGCAUUGUUACCGACAUGAGUCAAUUCCUUCAUACGGUCUCGCCUUGGCAGGAUAAUGGCACUCUCUUAGAAUACGUGCAGGCGAACCCGUCAGUCAGCAAAGGACACCUGUUGCUUGGAGCAGCUCGAGGCCUAGCAUACCUUCAUGGUGAACAGAUAGUGCACGGGAACGUACGAUGUGGUGAGACGGCAAUUUGUGACUUUGGCAUGUCGACAAUUAUCGGCGAAAUCACCAACACACCUGUUGCAGCAACUCUUACCACCGCUGGCUCCACACGUUGGCUCGCCCCAGAGCUGAUUUUCGACGAGGCGAACCAGGUGCCGACAUUCUCUUGCGAUACUUGGUCCUUCGGCAUGACCAUGCUCGAGUGCUACACCAUGCGGCCGCCCUGGGAGGAUGUACGGCGGGACGCGCACAUCAUUCAAGUGAUGGGGCGGCGGAGCCAACUCCCUGCGCGUCCACGGGACACGACGUCACCGACGGACGCGGUCUGGGCGCUGAUGAUCGAGUGCUGGAACUGGGAGCCAGACAAGCGGCCUGCUAUGAGCGAUGUGGCCAUGGGUCUGUUCCGCUGCAUACAGGGCGCUCGUGGCUCCAUCGAUACGGAAGACCUCCGUUGA